AUGAACAAUCAUCUUACUCACCAAAGCUCAGAGCUUUCAACUCUUUCUCCACAAUGGAUCGACGAAUCUGAAGAUGGCGACGAUUCCCAACUGUUUUUCGUCACCAGUUACUCUGACUUUUCUUCACUCGCCCACGGCCCUCGUGGAAGUGAAGCCAAACAAUCUCUCUACGUCUAUCGAUUCAACCCUGCUGAUGGAUCGCUCGUCCUUGUGAACAUUCAAGGCGACCCCAAGACAGUAAUGAACCCCGCCUUUUCCCGCUACCACCCACAAAAGAACGUCGUCUACACAUGUACUGAAGACUGCAUGAACAACGGAAAAAUCUUUGCCUACAAGAUGGGGGCAGACGGCACCUUGGAACAAUUUGGCGAUGCUGUUGACGCCGGUGGUACCUCCACAUGCUACUUGACAAUUGAUCGCGAGCAAAAGAAUAUGCUGGCUGUCAACUACUGGGAUUCCACUCUUGCAGUCAUUCCCAUGGACCCAAUGACCGGUGCUCUUGAGGGGCCCAUCAAACACAUGUAUGAUCCCAAGCACGGCCAAAAGAUGUUGGCUGCCCAUGGUGGAUGCAACCACUCCAACAACGACGACUCGACCAUCCAAAUGAGACAAGCAGAUCCUCAUUCCCAUGCUCUUGUAUUGGAUCCCUUUGUAGGCACCGUGGCCUAUGUUCCAGACCUUGGAAAGGAUCUCAUUCGUGAAUUCUAUUACGAUUCCAUUGAAGGAAAGAUUGGCAUGGAAAUGAACAUUCUUCCAUCUGGGCUUUGCACUGGCAAGCCAGAUGGACCACGAUACUUUCAGUUCCAUCCAAAGUUCAACAUUGGAUAUGUUGUCAAUGAACUCAGUUCGACCAUUGCUGUAUUCGAAGUUGACCGCAAACUUUUGAACGAGAUCCAUGAAGCCUCGAAGUAUGGAGAAGACAUGACUCGGUUCAAGGGAAGAUCCACGCUACGACUUGUACAAAGCAUUGCUACCAUUCCCAGUGCCUUUCCAAAUCUCCUCAACACAUGCGGAAGAAUCUGCGUGCACAAGAACGGACGAUUUGUCGUUGUUUCAAACCGUGGCCACGAAUCCAUCACUGUCUACAAAGUAAAGAUGUCGGGAUGCAAGAGAGGAGAGCUCACCUUGGUUAACCAUUUCCACACUCGCGGUGAAUGUCCACGUCAUUUCCAAUUCGAUAACAGCGGCCAGUACUUGCUUGUUGCCAACCAAGAUUCAGACUCCAUUGCUGUCUUCAACUUCAACUUGAGCAACGGAGAUCUCAGAUACUCUGGCAAUGAAUACCGUGUCCCUUCUCCCAACUUUAUCUGCUGCUGCCCCACUCGCGACGACGAUACUCCCACUCCUCCCACUCCUACCGAGAUUCAGCCAGUAGUAGUGGAACGCGAGUCCGGCAAUGCAUCUGAUAGUGAUGACAGUACCAUGCAUGCGUCGCGCAUCAUGCGAAAGAAUGGUGAGAAACAGCUCAUGGACGAGCUAGACAAGGCUCGGGCCGAAAUUGCUCAGUUGAAGCAAAUGCUAGAAGCCAAGUAA